AUGAAUGCAAACCAGGAACGACGAAUCUACUUACGUGGUGGGUCAAAUGUGGCUAAUAAAUUAAUGAAAGCAAUGGAUGACACUAUUGUUAAGGAGGAAUUCGUUUUUGGUGAUCUCAGUGUGACUGUUACUCGUGAUCAUAUUCUUUCAUCACAAUGCUAUCAUCCCGAAGCAGUCAAUAACUAUUGUUCAAAAUGUCAGGUUUGUGAAUAUACUCAUAUGCUAAAGCUACCACAUUUACCGGAUAUGAUAUUUCCAAAUAAUUCGGUAAUUAUUGCAUAUCCGGAUGAACCAGAGUUGCGAAUAAGUUUUAAUGCUUUUGAUGCGUUAAAAUUUGUCGACACCACUUCAUAUCCCGAUGUGAAAAUUGGACCAAGCGAGAAAUGGGAGCAAUCAAUAAGUGAUGUGAAUCAUUUGCAACGAAAUAGUCAACCGUUUGAUUGGACUUACACAAGUAAUUACAAAGGGACCGUGGAAGGUUAUAUGGCAGUACCAACCAAAGAAACGUUUUCGAUAGAAAAGCUGAAACGUCGUGAUCCGAUUAGUUUUUAUUCACAGCUGAUACUCUAUGAAGAUGAAUUAGCUGAUAAUGGAUCAUCAAAGAUGAGCAUACGUUUGAGAGCCAUGCCAACCUGCUUAUUUCUUCUCUGUCGUUUUUAUCUUCGAAUCGAUCAUGUUUUGGUUCGCAUCUGUGAUACAAGACUUUAUAAGGACCUUGAUUCAGACACAUUUUUGAGAAAAUGGACACAUCGUGAACUUAAAUGGGCCAAUUCAUCACCAGUGGUACGAAACAAUAUAUUAAAUCCAGAUUUUAUUUAUAAUUAUUUGCCAAUCGUGGAAGAAGAAAUGACAAAACUAAUCCCACUACGACAUUAUACCUGA